AUGCAAGCUUUUGUGGCGGGUCGCAAUCUCCAACUCAUCAUUGAUGCGGAGGCAGACCCGCAUGAGACCGGAGAAGAGAUCGGCAACAGAUAUUUUGAUAUCAUCGGAUUUGAUCCUCGCGGGGUAGGAUCCACAACGCCUCCAGUGAUGUGUUUCCCCGAUCCUGUAUCUCAAAGGAACUGGGAGUUGCAAGUUUCGGCUGAAGGCAUGCUGGGAAGUGGACCGGAUUCCUUGCAGAGAAACUGGCAACGGACCGAAGCCCUGAACUCGGGUUGUUCUGUAUUCGAUAUGUCAAAUCCAGGGGCGGACGAGCCACUGAUGUCCUUUGUCAAUACACCACUCGUUGCGCAGGACAUGCUGACCAUCAUCGAGCGCCAUGGCGAGUGGCGCGAGAAGGAAGGCCAGAGAGCCCAGGCAGCCCACAACAAAUGCCAUGGACUGGACGAAAAAAGCGCAAUCUUGCAACGCACUAAAUGGAACCGUGGAGAAGAGCCACUACUAUAUUGGGGUCGCUCAUACGGUACGGUGCUGGGCACUACCUUUGCCUCGCUCUUUCCAGAGCGAGUUACACGAGCUGUUCUCGAUGGCGUAGUCGACAUGGUGAAGUACUACCAAGGAACAGGACCGAACGUUGUGACUGACGCAGAUGCCAUCUUCGAUCGAUUUGGCCAAUACUGUAAUGAGGCUGGACCUGCAGGGUGUCCCUUCUACGUUGAGGGUGGUCCAGAAGCCAUCAGGGCAGCGUACACGCAACUUGAGCAACAGAUUCUCAACACUUCAAUCCCUGUCAUGGCAUCUACGGGACGGGGACCAGAAGUUGUAACCUGGACGGACAUCAAAGUGAUUCAGCGUGUUGCUAUAUAUCAGCCCCUUCUUGCAUUCCCCGUCCUGGCAGAUAUAAUGACUGAGUUAGGCAGGGGCAAUGCAAUUCCCAUGGCUGACUUGAAGCAUGGGAGUCACUUUGGCGCGUGUCCAUCCAACAAGUGUAGUCUUGCUGGGCCUUGGUCACUAGAAUGUGCUACCACGCAAGAUAACUUUCUUUACGCCAUGGCUGCUAUUAUGUGCUCAGAUGCGGAAUAUUUGACAAGCCUAGAUAUUGAACAGUUCCGCGUCGAAUGGUCUAGUCUUUUCGCUGACAGUGCAUCUUUGGGUGAUUAUUGGGCGCAAUUGCAACUGAGCUGUGUUGGAUGGAGAGCGAAGGCUAAAUACCCUUUCGCAGGUAUGUCCUAUUAUGAUUUCCACGAGUUCCUAGCCGACCAUUUUUAG